CGUUGUUCGCGAUCUUAAUUAAGUGGGUAGCGAAAUCCGCUUACAUCAGGGAAAAUAUUCCUGUUUUUAAGAAAUUCCAAUGAUCAUAAGAAAAAUUAAUGAUUUAAUUAUUCAAUAAAGACGUGCAACGAAUUAUUUCAAUUUUAAUUUCAUUUUUAAACUUUUUAAAGAGGAGUCGGAAAUGCUGAAUACUACUUUGGCCUAGGUACUAUAUUAUAGUACUGUUCUCCGACUUGAGUUAUUGGCAAAGUUUUCUUAUGAUUAUAAACAACUAAGCGAAGAAAUCCUACUUAUUUUUGGACAAAUAAAUGUAUGAUUAAUAGUUCAAGGGAUACUGUGCGUCCGAAAUAUUCUCGAAUUAAUGAAUGCUUUGGGUUAGGGUUAAGAUGGUAUUGCCAAAAUGAACAAGAUGGCGUCAGAUGGUUUCAUUAUUGGUGUAAUGGUGCUUGUUUAUGUUCGUCAUUCGACGUCGUAAGCACGGUAAGGGUGAAAUGUUUUACUUGCUUUGGAGUGUUCGUUUUGCCAGCGUUUAUAAUAUUUUAAGUAGUUUAACGAAGUAAUUACAAAUCUAAGGAGCGAUGCCUAGCUCGGAGACUCAUCGUUCUCGCUCUAAAAGUAAAACAGCAGCCAGCACCACCAGUAGAGAAAAUAGUAAGAAAGGCCAAGUGGAAAGUAAACUUAAUUUAAGCCUAUCGUCAAGUUCGAACUUCGAGAAGCGUAGUGUAUCAGGUUCGGCCGGCCCAAGUAUUCGUAAAAAGCACAAAAAAUCAUCAUGCAGGAAUUUGAAAAAGAAACAUUCCAAGGGAAAAGACCAAGAUACUGUAAUGUCAAUGUCCACAGUAAAGUCUUUGGUGGAAUAUGAUGACGUAAGUUCAGAUUCUUCUGCAUUUUCUGAGGCAAACAAUUCUUCUUUAAAUGAAACAGAUAAUAUAGUUUUAUCAACCCCACCUAAAAUUGUUGAAAGUGUAUCAAACAGUAGAAGUAAAACAAGUGACAAAAGUAGAGGAAGUGAAAGAUAUAAAGGUCACCAUAAAGAAAGGAAGAAUGUAAUGUCACCAAUAGAAAAAACAUUGAGACAUCGAGAGAAAGAAAGAUCUUCUUCGCCUUUGUCUUUUCGUGACAGGAAAGAGAGAGAACAUGACAGAUCUUCGAAAGACUUUUCUUUUCGUGAAGGACCACAUGUGUAUUUAUAUGGAAGAGAGAAGGACUAUGAUCGAGGCUUUUCUUACCCCUUUCGUGAAGGGGCCUAUGAACAUUCUUAUCUUAGUGAAUCAGAUUAUUAUUAUAAUACAAAUAGAGGUCGAGAUCAUUUUCGUGAGAGGUUAAGAAAGAAAUCUAGGACUCCUGAGGCACCUCGAGCAUAUCGUAGAAGCCCUUCACCUUCUAGUCCAGUAUUGCGAGUCACAAAGCAGAGAAGAAAAUCUCCUUCAGAUAACAGAGAAAGAGACAGACCUCGUAAUUAUUCUCGAAGUCCCAGUCCAUAUUCCAGAAGAACUAAUGCAUGGUCUAGGAGUCGAAGCAGAAGUCCUUUUCAUAACAGAUCCAGAAGAUCACGGAAGUCACAUUCUCGCAGCAGAAGUCCUCAAUUGAAAUCACGAUCAAGACGGUCAAGGUCGAGAUCUUGUUCGAGGUCUCCAUAUAGAAGCCGUAGGCGAAAAGAGCGUAGUCCUAGUCUUUCUGAUCCAAAGUUUGCUACUAGUCUUGCAGCAGAACUUAGCAAGCAUCGUAAGGCUAGACAAUUAGCAAAGAAAAAGCAAGCUACUAGUCUAAUAAAAGAUGAAACACUUUCAGAUCAACAAAGAGAAAAUGGUGCUACCUUGUGUGUAUCUUCUGCCACUAAAUCUGUUGUGGCAGAACCUAUUCCAGUCUCUACUGAUAAAAAGACUGUGAAAGCAGUUCAAGUUGAAAAGUCACCAGUGAUUGAGGCUCAACAAAUUCCUGUAGUAACUGAAUCACAAGUAAAACCUGAAGUCUUGACAGUUGUUCCACCACCACCACCACCCCCUGAUGAGAAACCACCACCUCCACCCCUUCCAGUACUUCCAGCAUUACCUCUACCUCCAGUGGUAGAAUUAAAAGAAAAUUCACCAGAACCAGAAAUAAAACCAGAAACUCAACUCCAUCUUCCUAGAAAAAGCAUUAGGGAUUUACCUCUUCCACCAGGAAUCACUGAGGAAGAUGUAACCAUGUCACCUGAAGUAGAGAAGGAACCAAGUCCUCCUCCUGUUUUUACUCCGUUUGACUCUAAAUGCCAGCAUAAAAGGCCAAGGAUAAUCAAACCAGUAGAAGAGGAAACUGAAAGGUCACCAAACUGGGGAGAAAGAUGUGUGGAGGUAUUUGACAUUAUUUGUCAAAUUGGAGAAGGGACUUACGGGCAAGUGUACAAAGCUAAAGACAGGGAUGUUGGAGACUUGGUAGCUCUGAAGAAGGUUAGACUAGAGAAUGAAAAGGAAGGUUUUCCUAUUACUGCAGUGAGAGAAAUAAAAAUACUUAAACAACUCAGUCACCCAAGUAUUGUUAACUUGAAAGAGAUUGUUACAGACAAGCAAGAUGCUUUAGACUUCAGGAAAGACAAAGGUGCCUUUUAUCUUGUGUUUGAAUACAUGGAUCAUGAUCUAAUGGGCCUGCUUGAAUCUGGUUUGGUUGAAUUUUCUGAACAACAUAUUGCAUCAUUCAUGAAACAGCUUCUGGAAGGCCUUAGAUAUUGUCACAGAAAGAACUUCCUUCACAGAGAUAUUAAGUGUUCAAAUAUACUUAUGAACAACAAGGGACAAAUAAAGUUGGCUGAUUUUGGACUAGCCAGAUUGUAUAGUGCAGAGGACAAGAUGAGGCCAUACACUAACAAGGUUAUCACAUUGUGGUACAGGCCACCUGAACUUCUACUUGGAGAAGAAAGAUAUGGCCCAUCAAUUGAUGUAUGGAGUUGUGGGUGUAUUCUAGGAGAAUUUUUUACCAGAAAACCAAUUUUUCAAGCUAAUCAAGAAAUGGUCCAGCUCGAGGUAAUCAGCCGUGUGUGUGGAACUCCUUGUCCAGCUAACUGGCCUAAAGUUAUUCACCUUCCACAUUUUCAUACCUUUAAACCUAAGAAGCAACAUAGAAGAAGAAUAAGAGAAGAAUUUACUUUCAUUCCAACUCCUGCACUAGACCUGUUUGACCAAAUGCUAGAGUUAGAUCCAGAGAAGAGAGUUACAGCAGAAAAUGCCUUGAAAUGUUCAUGGCUUAAAGAUAUUCGCCCUGAGUUGAUGCCUCCCCCAAAUUUGCCACACUGGCAAGAUUGUCAUGAAAUGUGGUCUAAGAGACGCAGACGUCAACUUCGUCUGGAACAGGACACAACAAUUUCAACAAGCCAAAACCUUGGGGUUAUUCUUAGUCAACAGCAACUAUCUUGUGGAUCUGGUGGUUCUGGUGGUGCCAGUGGAAGCAGGAAUGCCGUGUUGCCAGAUUCACAGAGUUUGUCUGGGAGCACUGCUGUACCUCCAGCUCAGAGCAGCACUGUAUCUGUGUCUUCUGAGAUGUCACAGCAGUAUUCAAGUGGUGUUGAUGUUGCAUUGCAGAAUGUGGAUACUAAUUUGUUAAAAACUGUUGCUGCACAACCUGAUGGUCAAGCAGUUUUUGGAAGCUCAAUGAACCUAGGAACAAGUUUUGCAGCUGAAAAAAGUUUAAUCCCAGGAAGUAGUGGUAGUGUUUUCUCAUUUUUCAGACAUACUCCUCAGCGUGAGUCUCCAGUUUUUAGCACUAAAGUUCAUGAAGACACUAAAGAAAAAUCCUCAAAUUUUAGUGAUGGAGAUACUCUAAGUACCCAGUCAUUUCUGUCUAACCAAGAAACAUUAGUGAGCAUUCCUCAUGGCCUAGAAGCAGUUCCUAAUUUUAAUAAAACUAGUGCAAGGGCUCAUGUAGGAGAAUAUAAUCAGAGUUUAAAUUCUAGACUUGAACUUAGGCAACUUACUGAAACUGAUCUAAACAUAGGAGGAGCAAAAGAGACCCUUGAAAGUGUUAAGCUCAGCUCACCACAAUUUAAUAAGGUAGCUAGUAGUAUAUCUAGAAGUUCCUUUAUGUCAGAGGAUCUUAUUCAGUCAUUAUGGCCUAUUUCAGAAGAUAGACAUCUUGGGCUUGGAAAUGAAAUGAAAACUGAGAGAACAUCUACUAAAACAAGUCCUAACACCGAGAAGGGAUUGUUAGGACAAGGUUGUGGUACAACAUUGAGUGAAGCAAGUAAACUACAAGAUAUGUUGAAUCUUCUUGUAACUAAAAUUCAGAAACAAGGUGCCAGUGGUAUUAAUAGUGAUCAGCUAGCUGCCCUAUCCAGUCUUCAGGUUGAUCCUCAUUCUUCUAAGCAAAUUGAGAACAUUCAAGUUCUACUAGCUGCUGUUUUCAAACAAACACAACCACAGCAGCAAACGGACACACAAUUAUCCAGGAUAGAACAACAAAGUGGUGUUCAAGUGCUUGAACAAGAACCAGUCAAAGGCUACUCUGCUGUGGAACAUCUUGACAAUGUGAAAAGGGAAACACAUGACUUGAAGAGAAGACAAGAACAGGAAACUCUGACAGAAACAUCUGGUAAGUAUGACGCUAUGUACAGCAGAAGCUAUAAAAACAAGCAUGAAUCUAAUAGCAUACCUACAUACUUAAGGCCACGGUCAGAAUUUCUGACUCAGCUUCAAGACAAAGAGAGUUGGAAGGAUAAGUUCAUUGCCCAAAACACAGAUAGUAAUUACAACCCAUCUGGAAUCAAAACAGCUCUGACUCGGUUAUUGUCUAACCAGGAACUCAAUGUUGCUAGUACUAUAAGUAAUUCAGGUAUAACAUCUCCGUCUACUAGUUAUUCUUCUAGUUUUAGGGGUUAUACUGCACACCAAAAUAAUUCUCUCUCCAUAGCUAGCAGAGAAGCAACUGGCAAUGAAAUCUCUCAGAAAAAUAUUAAUCAGUGUAGAUCUUACAGUAGUCUCUCUCCUAUAAACACUUCAGAAACAUUUUCAAGUCAUGGUGUCAUGAGAGAUCUGGAUAGACUAUCUUCCAGCCAAUCACAACAACAAAGAUUUGGAAGUUCCACAGAAGGAUUUGCUGGUCGGAUGACUUCUUUUGAAUAUAAUCCAAAAAAGACAAGUUCACAAGGUCUUCUGGGACAAAGUGUGGAUAAAGAAUAUUCUCGUGAUGUCUAUAGAAGUGAUGUACCACCAGCAAUGGCUCAAGUAGAACCACUGACUCAGUCUGGAAAUAGACCUUCUGGCUUGCCCCUUGCUAGUGAACACUACCCAGACCACGAAUAUAGGUAUGACCAAGAUGGAGCUGGACAUGUACGUGGUCACCCAAGUUAUAGUCGAAGAGGAGACUUUUAUUAAAGAUUAUCAUUGCUAUAAGUUUGAAUGGUAUGUUAUACAAGUCCAUGUAAAAGAAAAUGUGACCAAUUUGAUACCAUUUGAAAUUGCCUUUUUGUAUAUAGUAUUUGUUGUUUGUGUUUUAAGUAUGUAUGAGUGAGUUAUAUUUAGAUGUUAAGGGUUGGAAAAGAUGUGCUAUUUUCAGCAAAUUCAAGCUAAUUAUAGUUUUGUUUGUGUAAGAGUUAUGGAUGCUUGGGAAAAUAAUCAUUGGGAUGACAUUUCUAUGAUUUAUUCACUAUAUACUUUGGUUUUAAACUGAACAUUUGUUUUAUAGAAUAAUGAUAUCAAAUUUAUUAAAAAUGUAAAGCUUAAAACAAAUUGGUUUUGUUUCUGCCAUUUCAGCUUAAAAUUUUUUAUUGCUUUUCUUUGUUUUUUGGGUAAAAAUGCUAAAUUCUGUAGACUUUUGCUUUUGUGUCUUUAACUAUUAGUAAAAUUUAUACAAGUUUUGAGGGACUGGUGUUUCCUUCCUUGCUGAUAAAUAUAAACAUUCCACAGCAGGUUAUCUUGAUAACAGAUGACAUUCUCAGCAGAAAUGAUAAAUAGAUUUAUUUGAUACAAGAUAUUUUCAUGAUAUAUUCUAUUAUCUAGAGAAUAUUUGUUCUAACUUUAUUGCUGUAACUAAUGACUGGGAAGGAAAUAGUUACUUCUUUCAAAAAAUAUUAAAUAUGUAUAAAGUAUUUACAGCAUAAAAUCUUAUUGCUUGGAGUUGACUUAGCAUUAAAGUGAACAAAAAUCCAUUGUACUUAGUAGCUGUACAUAUGGUAAACAUGUAUUUGGCUAUGAAUGGUAUAUCCUACUUUUGGAUAUUAAUAGGUAAUGAAAGUGGAAAAUAAUACUGAAAUUUGAUAGUGUUUACUUUUGAUAAUUUCAUUCAUUUUAAACAUUUACCUUAUUUUUCCUGCCUUAGUCCACUGUGAGAAUGGUUUUUAUUGUUUUGUUUUGACAAAAUAGUUUACUAAAUCUGUUUCAAAAUACUUGAUCAGAAGUUUAAUAAUUGUUUAAAAAAAAUACAGUUAUGUUAGAAGGCAGUGGGCUUAACUUAAAAUAAGAGAAAGUUGAAAAAUUAUGAAACUUCAUUUCAGUACUCUUAUUGGUGUGAACAGUGGGCCAUGUAUAUGUAUGUGGGCUCUAACUAGUUUUUCAGAUGUUUUUCACCUUUCAUGUUUGUCAGUUUUGUAAUGUGAAUGUGAACAUUUUAGCAUAUAGCUCAUAAAUUUUUUUUUCAUUGCUUUCUUGUGUUUCACAGAUAUAAUUUAAUUAGUUUUCUUUGAUAGCAUUUUGUAAUGCUAAUUAAACUUCUACUUUAAGUAAAUGUGUACUGAUAUGGUCUGGGAAGUAAAAGUUUUGAAAGUUAAUUUUCUCAGCAUUGAACUCUUAAAUCUAAAACUUGGUCACGACUGCAAUAAAAAUGUCACAAACUUGUUUGUCUUCAUAUAUUUCCUUGGAUGUUGUUUCUAGAAUUUUUUUUUUUGGUAUUUGGCUUAACAAAUGUGGUUUUGAUUACUUUAAAAUUUACUGUUAGUAAUUUUGUAAUUACCACAUAAAGUAAAAAUGGUUAUUAAAAUGAGAAAUUUAUAGUUUUUGUGGGUUCCACUCACAAAGUGUGACAUUUUUCAAAACUGUGCUUGCACCUUGUUAAGUGUAAAAUAUAAAACAAUUUGGAUACAAUUGAUAAUAAAAAGAUUGUACAGAAUAGCAGAAAGUUUGGACUUCAACCAUUUGGAUCUAUCAGGUAGGACUAUCUUUUCACAUUCUAGAAUAUUGUUUCCACAUGAAUAAACUGUUUAAUUUAUUUCACAGUAUAAUACAAAUGAGGUAGAAAUAAAAUUUGUAUUAUAACACAAAAACAUUUUCAUUUGCACAGUAUAUCAGUAUUUGAAAAAAGGUUUAGUGAUAAAGCAUUUUUGUGACAAAAUGAGAGUUUUGAGAUUCUGCUUUGACCAUUUGUGAAAUAUGCCAAUUGUGUAGUGUACCACCAAUAUGUUAUUUCAAACUAAAUAAAGCAGAACUGUGUGAAAAAACAUGCCUUAAACAUAUGGAAGUUUUCCUCUGGUUUUCUUCCUAAUAUUGUUUUAAUACUUAUUUUAAUGUAUUAAAAUUUUUUCUGAUCUUAUAGGUGAGUGUUAAUAAUGUAAUUAAGGCUCUAGACUUGAGUGUGAUGUAAUCUAAUCACACAGAACUGCUCACCCUGUUCUAAAUCAAUGUUAAGUAAUGUGCAUAAUGUUUAACAUUGUUACCUCACAUUUUUGAUUUGCUGAGAUAGAAACAAAAAAUCAUGAUGCUGUUGCAAUAUACACCAUAACAAUAUCUCUUAUCUAGGCAGUGCAUCUCUGUUAUAGCCAAGAGUUUCAUGAACCCAUGGUAACCAGGUAGUCCAAAAAUCAUAAUGGCAUAUUGAGAUAAUUGUAAGUAAUAAGUGAGGGGAAAAUAGUUGUGUUAGAUUAGUCCAUUGUUCAUCGGACCGACCCUGUUCUAGAGAAAGAAUGUUGACUAUAAUUCCAAAUUUACUGUGUGUAUGUAAAUGAAAUGUAGCAAGCUUUUAGUAAAAUGUACAAGUGUGAAAUUUAGUUCCCUAAUGUUGCUGAGAUUGAAGAAGAUCCUUAUGUUUUAUGUUAUAUUUGUUAAAACCCUACUCACAUUGUUUACAAUUAAACAUAAUUGAAUUUUCUGAAGUCGUAUUCCUGAACUUUUAUAUUGUGAUAUUAGAAAUACUCAUAAAAUGUUCAUAUUAUUGCUAGUACACACUUGGAAUAAUCUCAAACAGAUGCUUUUAGUCUCGGCUGUUGGGUAUUGAUUUGAACACCCUUCACAUGCAGGUUUUGUAGUGACGUUUGUGUAGACUACAGGGAAGCAGAAAAACCUGUGGUGUAGCAACAUUGAGCUUAGGUAGCCACUCUGUUAGCACUACCUCUUCUCAUGUUAAUAAUCUUUCUACUCUUAAGUAAAAAACAUACAAACUUCAAAUAAUAGAUAAAUCAUUUAACCAAAGAGAAGAAUUAUAGACUAUAAUCUUGAGCUUACUACUUGUAUCUAUACAAAAUGUGGGAAGCUAGUAGUAAUACGUACAAGUCUGUUGUGCACCAAAAUUAAUGUUUUACAAAAGUAUUUGUACACAAGAUAUGUCUGUGAAUUGAUGAUGUCCUCUAACUGAGACGGACAAGUUGGAGUGCAAGGUGGUGAUGUUCUUGUGAAGAAUAAAAACUUUUUUCCAUUGUAUGAUUUACAUAUUGCAUUUGUAUAUCCUCUAAAACCUGCAAAAUGCAGAUCUAAAGUUCUUUUCACUAUCCCUAUAAAUUUUGUCUGGUAGUUACUCUCCUCUACUGUGAACUGUCAUUACAAUCAUCAGCAUUAGGUGAAAUGAACAGCUGAUAACUCUUACAUAAAGUAUGUAAUACUGUGUUGAAUGGCACUGUAA